AUAUCAAAUUUUUUUAUAAUCAUUUUUUUAGAUCCUAUUUUUUUAUAUCCUAUUUUUUUAUAUCAUAUUUUUUAUAUUGCAUUUUUCUAUAUUAUAUUUUAUUUUAGUCUAUUUUAUUCUAUUUUAUUUUGAAUUUUUUUUGUGCCCAGAGCUCCCCUUGGCAUCUGAACAUUUUUCAUUCUUCCAUUUAGAUGUAAAAGAAAUAUGGAAGUAGCUCCCGUAACAGAAGAACCCAGUUCGAAUACAUCCCUUUUCAACACAUUUAUUGAAAAGUACAAGGGUAUUUUUUUAGCUCAUGUUAAGAGGGAGUUCCUCAUUAUUGGAACAAGUUUUAUAGGGCUCCUUUUAGCUAGCUACAUUUUUUUAACCUACGUCAAUUCGUCCGCCAAAAAAAAAGCCAAACAGAAAGAUGAGCCCCCAAAAGAGGUAACUAACAAAGAAAUGGAAGAAGAAAACACAAAAACGGAUGAGUGGAAAGCAAAGGAGUGGAAAGCAUGGAUGGAACAAUUAGACAAAGAUGCAGAGAUAUUCACCACCUCCUUAGAACACAAAAAAGAUCAAUGGCUAGUUCAAAGAGAACUAGAAUGGGGAGAUUGGGUAAAAUCCAUGGAAGAAAAAUGGAAUCAUUAUAACGAAAAAAUGGGUUCAGAAUACUACUCCGUUAUUUAUAAAAAUACCUCAGCAUGGUCAGAUGAACAGUGGGAAAAUUGGAUAAACACAGAAGCAAAACAAUUAAUGGAAAUCGACUGGAGUGACUGGAUUUCGGAAAGUGAAUCCUAUGUAGAUGUCAUGAUGGUGAAGGAAUGGAUUGUUUGGAAAAAUAACAAAAUUAUGGAGUGGAUUAUGAGAGACUGGAAAUGUAAGGAAGACGAACAAUGGGAUGCUUGGGAAAAGAAUAAAUGGUCCAAAUGGUUCUCCAUAAAUGAAAGGAAAAAAUGGACUCAGUGGAAGGAUCGACUCAGCAAGGAAACGGAAGAAUGGACCGCAUGGGUGGAAAACAAAGAAAAACAAUACCUUGAUAAUGAAGACAGAAAAUUAGUUGAAUGGAAAAAGAACAAUUACAUUUUGUUUAACAAGUGGAUGGAGUCCUUCAUCAACAAGUGGAUUAAGGAGAAGCAGUGGAAGCAUUACUCCAACCAACCCACCGGUGUGGAGCCCCCAGCAGCGAUGUCCCUGAGCAAUUAGCCACGGGGAGUUCUUUCUGCUCCAUGUUUUUACGUCUACUUUUUUUUUUUCACCUCUUUCCUUCCCUUAUUUUUUUUUUCUUGUAUGUGAUUUUAUCGUGCCAUAUGCCAUGUGCGAUAUGCGAUAUGCGACAUGCGAUAUGCGGCAUGCCAUAUGCGGACACUAGCGCUGCUGUGCAACUGCGCGAAUGAACAGAACCGCCGAACAACAUCAACC